AACAUUUCUAGUAAAGGUAGUCACUGGGAUAACUACCAUUCGGACACUCAGGGGACCUAUUCUAAUAGAAUCAGUGUAAACAUUUGAAAAACAUUACGUUGUUUUACACUUGAUCGAUAGAACCAGUGAUUUUUGGUGACAAGAAACAGUCCUAGUUCUUAAUCUCAUCGGUUCUCAGCCGAGAGGUGAUUAACUCGCGCUAUCAUUCGCCGCCCGAGCGCCGGCAAGCGCACACGCGUUGUGAUAAGUGAGUGAGAAGUGCACGAAUGCGGUAGCGACCCGGAGACAUGGAGAGUGCGGUCCACGCGGCGGUGCCACUGCGGGUCGGCAAGAAGAUGCGCAAGAGGCGGGAGCUGGACGCUCUGGUCGGGGGCGGCGGCGCCCGCGGAGGCAGGCUGCUGUCCGCCUCGAGCGACGAGGGCGAACCCUGGGGCCGCAGGACCUCCCGCCGCCGCCGGUCCCGACCCUUCGUCCGCCUUGCCGCCGCCCUAGCCCUCUGCGUAUGCGUCGUCUCCGCUGCUACGGUGCUAUGGCUCUUCGUUGAUGUUCGGAGGCAGAUCGUCUCUCUUCGUAUUGAAAUGGACAGAGUAUCAACAACUAGUGGCGCCGUCGGCGACGCCCUUCAAGUAUGCCACACGGCGUCCAGAGAGCUCCGUGCCAACGCAAGCGUGCUGAGUGCGCGGCUGGACAAGCUGGCGAUAGAACAUGCAGAACUCGUGAAGCGAGUGGAACAGACUGCCAGUGAGCUCGCAGCAGUGUCGGGACAGCUGGCCGCUGCACCCAAGCUCGCCGACACGCCGCGAAGGAUCGCCGAGCUACAGCAGACAGUCGGCUCGUUCGGAUCACAGAUCACGGGCUUCGACGAAACGCUAGCCUCAACGCGAAAGCAAGCGUUAGCUGCUUCGGCAGGCGUAGAAGAAGUCAAGAAACUAGUCCAAGCGUUGGACGCGCGGAGCAACGAAACCAUAGCCAAUGUCACCGCCAACGGGCGGAGAGAGGACGAUAUAAAGCAGGAGAUAGCCACGCUCAAUGCGACCCUAGCGGGACGCGUGGACGCCUUAGAGAAUAAGAUACAACUGUACACUAAGACGACGAGCACGGCGGCACCGACCACCACCAGCACGUCGACGACCACUACCACCACCACAGCUGCCCCGCCAGGUCCCGUCAAACCAAACGUUCUAGGCGUCGGCCAAUGAGGGAGCAACUCGCUUCUGAACUCAAAACUAGGGUAAGGUAAACGAAGCGCAAGAGAUUGCUCAUGAUCUCAAGGGAUCUUACGUCCAUAUACUGUAGAGUCAGAGACGUGGUGAUGGAAACCCUCCUGUAAGAUAUCUCUAGAUGAUUUUGUGACAAAGAGAUUUAUAGGGAAGGGACGGUCAUAUGAGUAUUUUGGUUAGGGAAGCCUAGUAUUCACUAGCGAGCGCGUAGAUGGGAAAUCUUUGGUAGUUAACCUUACGUAUGCUGUUCAUGGGACUAAUCUGGUGUUUAACACACUCGUGUAUUACUAACAGAUAUAUCAUGGGACCAUUUCUCAAAACUGAAAGUUACAAGCGGAAGUCUCUUUCCAACUUGUUAUAUUAGAUAUUGACAACCACUUGUAAAUUGCAACUUGUAGCUUCGAGAAAUGAGCCCCAGAGCGACUAAAACAGACAACGACUGGUUCAAGACAGUAUAUCUGGAUAUUUUAUGAACCUUAUGCUGCGUCCACACAAAUAGAGAUUCCGCGAAUGUUUGUGUGACUUCUCUGAUUAUCCAAAGUAAAUAAAGGAGACAACAUCACGAAUGUUCCCCGAAUACCUAUGUGUGGAUUCAGCGUUAGAUUACACACAUACUAUUCCGUCAUUUGUCACCAAAUGAUUGUACUUUUGGUCCCUGUUAUAUCUGAUAGUAAUUUCGUAACUGGGCGUUUUCACUGCGUGUCAACACCGGUCGGUUAUAGUCACAAAACUCAAAUUCCGUACAAUCAAAGUCAAAUUCCGUAUUGGCCGUAGUCAUAGUCAUACUUUAAAUUCAAGUCAAAAUGAAAAUGCCCAGCCACAGAUUAGUCCGUUAAUAAGUGAAUACGCAGCAUAAAGUGAAACAGUUUUAUGUUUGCAUUUUUUAGAUCAGUGAUAUUUUUACUCACCAUCAACGACCUUUUAUCUCGUUGUAAUAAGGUUUACAGAUGGCACUUACUUCUGUCAAAGAUUGUAUUGUAUAAAAACGAACGCGAUGUACGAAGUGUCUGCGGUAUGGCCGAAUGAUUCUGUAGUCUUAAAUGAUUUGUAGGAAUUUCUCAUUUUACUUAUUUAGGUGUUAUGUUCGCAAGAUAAUCAAAAGUAAAGAGGCAGAAAAUAUCAUAAGAAGCAAAGGCAGCUGAGGUAGAUGGUGUAAUCUGCAAAACUGAAUGGAGACUUAAUGAAUAUAAUUAUUUAUUCAAUUUUGUGCCCUUAUUUACGUCUAAUAAUAUUUGCGUACAUAAUAAAUAAUUGUUUUAUGUUAGUCGCUUUUACCACACAGUAGUGUCAAUGUUAUACGUUGCACAUGAACGUCGCAGGCACUUGGUGUGUCGUCGCCUUAAUUUGUGAAGUAAAUAAAUCAAGAGGUUGCUCUUGGUAUGUCUACUUUAGGUUCCUUUGUGAGUAUUGUAUUAAAUUUAGAGUUCCAUUAGUUUUAGGAAAUUAUUUACAUUAUACUCCUAUACACACUACAGGUAAAUUCACGAAAACUGUAUAAUGUAUUUAUGUUACCAUGAUAGUCCCGUAUAAAAUGUAAUUUGGUAACUUAGCAUGUUGGGUAAACUUAUAUAAAAAAACGAGUUACAGUAUUAUGUAUAUACCUAAGAACAGAAAAUUCUAUUCCAGAUUCUCCAAUUAAAGUAUUAACCUUGAGAAAACUUCAAAUUCAAGUAAUAUGUAAGCGGGUAAGUGUGUCAUAAGGAAAAGUGUGUAUGGCCCUCACAUUUGACUUAUUUAUUGUUACUCGCGCUGUUGCCAUUUCAUACUUUUGCUAGUUGCUACUCGCGAUUAGUAGUAAACGUAUGAACUCUCAAUAAACACUGAUCAUUGGUUUAAACAGGCCAAAUUUGAAGGCCGGACACACCCCCUUAUGACACACUUAACCGUAUUGACCUUAGUCAAUACUCAUGUUUUGGUCGACGAAAUGGCAAUGAAAAACCGUUAGCUAAUAGUUUUCGUGAAUUUAUUGAUUUGUGGACCAUAGUUGCUCUACAGUAGCUAUGUCAAAAUACUGAGAUUUAGGUUUUUCAAAAUGUAUUUAUUUAUUAUUAGUAUAUCUAUUCGUCACUAAAUUAAUUCCCUCCUUGUACGGUAUAACUUGCAAUAAUGGCGAAGAGUGAGAACGAUACCAAUGUAAAUAGUUUACAACAAUUAAAAAAUAAUUUAAUUAUAACUUUAUAUGAGCACAGGAGUGAAGAAACGAAACCAGAGUAACAGUGAUUGAUAAGGGAUUGUGUUUUAUAUUAUAAUACCUACUUGCGGGGUCGGUCAAUGGUUAUCUUUGCAUCGAUUGUAAGGACCCUAAGCACGAAGAAUUCCCUACUUUAGUCCUUCAUUUUCCUAUUUCUAUCGCACGCAUGAUACUGCAGUCUGGCAAAAAACAGUUGGAAUUAAAAAGUGACAACAUCGUAGCGUCGACCCUUUCAAACCGAUAUGCACUACAAAACGAGAUGCAAUACGAUGUUUCCACGUUUUAAUUUCUCCUUUUUUUGCCAAGCUGUAUGUUAUUGUCCCACUCAUGAUGCCGACAAUUAUUAUUCCACGCGCGCGGUAGAGAUGACCGAAAUUAUUCAUGCGUAGCGUCCUUACUUUAGGGACAAUAGUGUUAGUGGUUAUGUAAGAUAUAUGCUGUUACUCUGUUUCGUUUGUAUAUUCUUGUGCUAUGAGCGUAGAGAUAUAUACAGUGUGGCCGCACUCGGUGUUACGUGGUUUUCAAUAAGUGCGUGAGUUUUAUUACUGUAAUAAAUUAUUGUUAAUAGAUCAAUUAUUACA